AUGUCUGCUGCCAUGGAGCCUCUCCAGCGAAAGACGACAGUGACGGUCGUGCCGGAAACACAGGCCAGCCAGGACAUCCCUCCCGAGGACGGCAAGGAUGGGCGCAGUGACUUGGCCAAGACGUUGUCCAAGACAGCCAUGGCAGAAGCCAUUGUGCGCAUCCGCACAACGCCCUUUGACCCCGAGAAGGAUGUGCCGUCGUCGGUGGCUAGCCCGGCCUCGACGCUCUUCCUGCCGGCAGAAGAAGGGCCCGAGCCGGCUGCAGAGACUGGCCCAACAGCCACUUCCAUGCCUGCUUUGAGCGUUCAACGCCAGCUCGCCAUCACCGGCUGCAUCAUCAUGAGCAGCUUUGUUCAGUACAUGUCCAACUUCCUCACACUGGGUGCCGGCUACUGGUUUGCCGAUAAGCUAGUGGGCGAUGCCAGUCCGGCCGGCUCCAUCUGGAUGGUCUCUGCUUACUCCCUCACCCAAAGCAGCGUCGUCCUUAUCGGCGGCCGUCUUGGCACCAUCUACGGCCACCAGCGUCUCUUGCUCGCCGGUCUCGCCCUCAUGACCAUCAUGUCCCUCGCCAACGGCUUCUGUACCCACUACAUUGCCUUUGUCAUUGUGCGCGCCUUCACCGGUCUUGGCGGUGGCCUGCUGAUGCCCAACGCCGUUGCCCUCAUCGCCGUCACUGUGCCGCCUGGCCGCAACCGCAACAUCUCCAUGGGCUUUUUCGGUGCUGCUGCUCCGGUGGGCGGUUGGAUCGGCGGCCUGGUUGCUGGCCUGUUCAUCCGCUACAGCACUUGGCCCUGGCUGUUCUACUUCAUGGCCAUCGUGACCUUUGCUGUCUUCUCCGCCCUCGUCCUGCUGCUUCCCAAAAACGAGGAGAUCUUUGAUGAGGGCGGGAAGAUCGACUAUAUCGGUGCUGUUCUCGGCCUCGGCGGCCUUGCUGUUUUCAAUAUUGUCUGGACACAAGCCCCGUCUGUCGGAUGGCAGCAGGCCAGCGAGAUCGUCCUGCUAAUCCUCUCCGUCGCCCUCUUCGCCGGCUUCAUCCUGUGGGAACACCGCUUUGCCUCCGAUCCCAUCAUGCCUCUCUCCAUCUUCCGCGCGCCCACCUUCUCGGCCCUCAUCUGUGUCAACCUGCUGACAUACAUGUCUUUCGGCAUCUCGCUGUGGUACCUUAUCGCUUGGCAGCAGCUUAUCCGCGGCCUCUCUGUCCUCGACUUUGUCGUCCACUGGCUGCCGUUUUGUCUUUCAGCCCUCGCUGCCGUCGGCAUUGCCGCCUUUCUCAUCCCUCGCCUGGCUGCCCAGUACAUCAUGGCCAUCGGAAUCGUUGCCGUCAUGGCGUCGAACCUGCUGCUGGCCACCAUGCCUGUCCGCCAGUCGUACUGGGCCCAGACCUUUGUUGGCACUCUUUUGAGUGGCGUCUGCCCCGACUUUGUCUACGUUGCCGCCCAAAUAAUUGCGAGCAACAGCGUCAGCCGCCACCAACAGGGACUCGCUGGUAGCCUCAUCGGCACUCUCAACCUCUACGGCAACAGCCUUGGCCUCGGCCCUGCUGGCACUAUCCAGUCUCAGGUGGCUAAGCACUCGGGCGAUCUCGCCAGCUACCGUGCCGCUCUCUACUUUGGUGUCGGCCUGGCCGCCAUUGCGCUCGUUGUGGAUCUCGCCUAUGUCCGCAUGCCUCGUGACCGUCGCGAGGGCUGGUCUGACUCCGAUAAGGAGGUCCUGCGGGACGCUGCUGCUGCUGCUGCUGCCUCGGCGCCAGCUUCAGAUACCCGCGUCUGA